AUGUCAUCAGAACAAGAUGAUGAUUUUGCCCCGUCCCAAACUACGGGUUAUAAACCUGGAGAAAAGAAAACACUCGAUGAAUAUAAGAGCUUGGAUGCUAACGAUGAGUCGCUGAAUAAAUGGAAAGAAUCUCUCGGAUUGCAUAAAGCAACCGGGCCUUCGGAUGACCCUCGCAGAGUUGUAAUUCUUCAACUUGCUUUAGAAGUUGAAGGGAGACCUGAUGUCGUAUUAGAUUUGUCAACCCCAGAUGCUCUUGAAAAAGUCAAAGAUCAACCUUUCGUUAUUAAGGAAGGAGUCUCAUACCGCAUGAAGGUUAAAUUUAGGGUCCAACAUGAUGUAGUAGCGGGACUCAAAUAUUUGCAAGUUAUAAAAAGAAAGGGAAUUAGAGUUGAUAAAACUGAGGAGAUGAUUGGUAGUUAUGGACCCAAUGCCGAACCUUAUGAAAAAAAGUUCCAAGUCGAGGAGGCUCCUAGCGGAAUGCUUGCACGAGGUCACUAUGAUGCAAAGAGUAAAUUCAUUGAUGAUGACAAUUUUACUCAUAUUGAAUGGGCUUGGGUGAGAAUUCUCUAA